CCAUGGAGGCCAAGGUCCGGCCAAGCAGGCGCUCGCGCGCGCAGCGGGACCGCGGUCGGCGCCGGGAGGCUGCCCGUGACGCCCGUGCGCAGAGUCCGUCGUCGGGCGACGAGCCCGAGCCCAGCCCCGGCAAGGAGAACGCGGGCCUCCGCGGCGCGCCAUCCCGCGCCACCCCCGCGCCCCGUGCGGUGCGCCCCCCACGCCGCCGCCGCCGCGAGUCCAGCUCGCAGGAGGAGGAGGUCAUCGAUGGCUUUGCCAUCGCCAGCUUCAGCACCCUGGAGGCCCUGGAGAAGGACAUGGCCCUGAAGCCACAGGAACGGAAGGAGAAAUGGGAACGUCGCCUCAUGAAGAAACCCCGAGAGUCAGAGAACUGCCCACCUGCGGAGCCGAGUGAGCACAGGCGGCCCCUGGAGGCGGGCAGCCCCAGGCAGGACUUGGAGCCUGCCUGCGACGGGGGGCCGAGGAAGGUCCCACUGCAACCCUCCAAGCAGGUGUGCUCCCCAGAAGGGGGGCCGCUCCCAGCCAACCCCUGGGACCAGAACAGCCCGGCCCAGCACCAGCAGCAGCUGCAGCCCAGCCAGCCCAGCCAGCCCCAGGGGCCCCCCCCAGCCCCGUCGGAGCUCCCAGAUCCCGGGCAGCCCUGCCAGCCCCGAGAGCCCCGCCAGCCCCGCCAGCCCCAGCGGCCACCCCCGGGUCAGCGCAGCAGGCCCCAACGGUCACUUCUGGGCCUGAGACUGCCCUGCCAGCCCCGGCGGUUACUUCUGGGCCCCCGUCAGCCUUGCAGACCCCAGCGGCUGCCUCCAGCCCCAGAUCAGCAGUGCCGGCCCCAGCAGUCACACCAGACUCAGCCCUGCCGGCCACGUUGGGCGCUCCCAGGCCUCAGGCAGUGCUGCCGGCGCCUACGCUCCCUGCUGGCCCCACGGUCCCUCCUAGCCCCUUGCCUCCACUGCAGGCACCUGCGCUCUCUCCUGGUCCCACGGUCCCCCCUGACCCCCUGCCUCUACUGCCGGCGCCUGCGUUCCCUGCUGGUCCCAUGGUCCCCCCUGGCCCCCUGCCUCUAUUGCCGGCGCCUAUGGUCCCCCUUGGCCACCUGCCUCUACUGCCGGCGCCUGCGUUCCCUCCUGACCCCAGGGCACCGCUGCCGGCGACUGCGGUCCCUACUGACCCGGUGGCACCGCUGCCGGCCCCGGCGGCCAUGGGCCAGCCCCUGUCACUGUGGCCAUCCCAGUGGGGCUUCCUCAGGACAGCGCUGUCGGCCCCUAUGGUCUCUGUUAGCCCAUUGCCCGCGAUGCCAGCCCCCACGGCCACUCCUACCCCUGCGACCACGCCGCCGGCCUGCCAGCUUUCUCCCAGGCCAGUGCUGCUGCUCUCGGCGAGCAUUCCUAGCCCCGUGUCAGUAUGGCCAGCCCCGAAGGUCCCUCCUGGGCCAGCCCAGCCGCCCCCGGCGGUCACUCCUGGGCCUCAGUCAGCCUCAGCAAUUAGUCGAAGCCCCAGAGCAGCCUGGCCCACCCAAGCCCUCACUGCUGGGCCCAGGACAGCCGUGCCAACAGAAGCGACCACUCAUGGGCCUGGAGCAGCCUCGCCCCAAGCGGCCACUCAUGGGCCCAGAACAGUCAUGUCAGCCUCUACGGCCACUCAUGGGCCCAAACCAGCCCUGCCAGCCCCAGCCCUUACUCCCCAUCCCUGACCGCCCUUCACUCCUAGGGCAGCCAGGCCUGCCCUGCCGGCCCCUCAUGGGGCCCCCAUGCCAGCCUCGGCGGUCGCUGUUGGACCUGGUGCCAGCCCCUCAGCCCCAGCUCCUGGCCCUGGGUCGUCCCUGCCGGCCACUGAGAUCACGAUGGACCCGCUCCUCUGCCCCUGGGGUAGCCCGCCAGGCCCCAUCUGUGAGCCCUGGAGCCUGAUGCCCUGCAGGUGCUUCCUUGGUGUGUUGGACACCCAGUUGGGGCUGCACCCUGGCAGGGCCCUGAGACCAGGGCCACUUCCCUGCAGAUCUGAGAUGCUUUGCUGGACUGGCCUAAGGCCUCCUCCAGGCAGGGUCGAGCAUUGCCACUAAGGACUGAGGCUCAGGCAGAGGUGGGGGCCCCACAGUGCUGGGAUCAGGCAAGACACACCACACCAAGAGGAGAGGAGACGACCCAUCUUCCUCCUACAUCUGCUGCACCCUCCCCCACCAGUGUCCCGGUGCCCCCAACCUGAAGGCUGCUUGUGAUCUGCACGCCUUGGGGAGAGCACAGCUGUCCUCAGAUCCUGGAGGUCCCUCAGCAUCUUUCCGUGCCUCUAAGUUGCCAACACUGUCCUUGCAUCUGAGUCUCCAUGCACACCUGUCCCAGGUGUACCACUGUGCAGGGUGUGUGUGCAAUGUGUGGUUGUGUACGUGUGCACGUGCACAUGGGGUGUGGGGUGCCAGGACAAGAGAGCUUUUAUUGGGGGGGGGUACUAGCCACAGGCCUUGUUCCUUAGGCCCCAGCCUAUCUGGCCACAGUGUGUCCCCCUAACCCCCCAGAUGGAAUAGCUGGUCAAGAUGUGGGCUUUGCUGGAGGCUGCACUCCAGCUCCCAGCCCUCCUCAACAAUUGCAUGGUACUGGUGUCCCCUUCCCAGGUCCUUAAGCUACAGGAGGGCCAUCUGGCCGAGCAGGAGCUGCUGGUGACCGGAGGCUUCCACCCCCACCUCUCAGGACUCUGCCUCUACCCCCCAGUAGGUGUGCACAGCAGGGGGCUGUCAGGGUCUGCAGACCAGUGAGAACCCAUGCUGGGAAAGCCCCCUCUGCUGGGCCCUUCCUCAAAGCCCCCCCACCCCAAUUGGCAGACCUCACACUACAGGGCUGUAGGGCUGUCUCUGGGCCCCACACUGGUGGUCAGGGAUCAUCUCCCUAGACCCCGGGUCUCAGGGCAGCCAUACACUCAGGUCUCCUGGAGUAUGGGGCACAUCUCUUGCCCCAUAAGGGAGCAUGAAUUCUGUGAGGCGGGAGGAGCUGAGGAAGGGGUAAAGGAGCUCUGUCUUCACACCCCUUGUGGGGCCAGCUGCAACUAGCUGCUCUACAAAGGCAGGCAUUUCUGGAGAGUAGCACUGGCCACCUGCAGGUUCCUAGGCUGAGGGGAGGUGGAAGGAGGCUCCCUGGCUGGAGAACCGGACUGUCCCCAGCCCCCUCCCUGCUGCCCCUGCCCACGCCUGGGUACACCCCUUCCUCGGUGCUCACCUGGGGCCUCCAUCCCAGAAACGCAGGGCUUAUUUUUCUGAUUAAAGAAAAUAAAAAGUGCCAUGCCACUAUUUUUUAUAAUAGCAUUAGUGUUUGUAAUUUAAACAGAUGAGUGUGUGUCUUAAAUGAUUUAUUCUGACAAAUGGUCCUUAUGCAAAUGGACUUGGCUCUUGUUUCUUUAGAUUUGGACUGAAUAGAAAGGGGACCAGAGUGUCUGCUUUUGCUCAGCCUAGCCCAAGGAGGGUGUCUGGGGUAUUCUUUGCCCCUGGGGUGGGCACCCUGGGGACCUGCCCCCUGCCUCCCGCAGAGAGCAAGGGGCUCAGGUGAAGGCAGAAUUCAGAUUAUGCCAAACCUGCCCCUCCUAGGUCGGUCUUGAAAGAAAUUAUACAUGGGGUGGGUCUUAACCUGUCAAGUAUCACCCUGGGGAGGUCCAGAAAACCUGGAGGCCAGAUCCUGGCCAUGGGUUUGGGGAAAGUCCUCAUAUUGCUGUAAUUGCCCUCAAAGUCACUCACAAAGGGUCUGGAACCACUUUUCUCCCAAGCUUUAGUUGUGCACUAAAGCUAUUUCUAGCCUGUCUCUGCUUUUAGGGAUCCCCUGGGGACAAUGGGACUGGAGGGACUGUGUGAGCACAGGGCCUUGUCCUGGGUGCAGACCAGGACAGCCUGAAGGAACUGUGCAACUGGCCAGGGGCAGAGGCCAUCUGGGAUGGGAGGGUAGACUGUGGGCUCCCCAUGGCCAGGAGCUAGGAAGACAGUGGACACCUGCCAAGGAAGCUACUAGGCUGACCUAGAGGGACUCCAAGGCCUGACCAUGACCUCCAGUUUCCAGCCUAGGCCUAGUGUCCAUGCUGGCCUAGGUUCAAGGUGUCACUCUGGCGAGGGAAGAGCUGACAAGGAUCCUGAGGGACCACUGCUGCACCUGGGAAAUGCUGGGGUUUUAGUUUUUCUGAGUAGCUGGAAAUCAAGAUUUGUCUAUGGAUUUGGUGACUGAAACAUUGGUGGCUAGUAUUAUGACCUGCCUUACGGGACACAGCUUGUGGGCCUGCCCCUGAAGAUGGGGAGGGAUAGCAGUUGAGGUGGGAAGGCAGAGCAAGCCAGCCUGGAGUUCAGUGAAGCCUGAGGGAGGCCACCCAUCCCUUGUGAAGACGGGCCUUUCUGGAGACAUGGUCUGGGUGCAGUACCCAAGUGACUAAAGGCAGAGUAGUCCCUGCCAUCUGCAGAAGGGGCUGUGGGCUGGGGCCAGCACCUACUCCUACUGAGACUUGGUGGUGACAGUGGUCACUGAGGCUUUCAAGUUAGAGAAGGAACUCGGGAUGGAUUCCUAGAAGACAACUCUUUGAAAGUCUAUUGUACCUGUGGGAGGCAGGGCUUGGGGAUCCAGGGGCUCCAAGGUGUUCCUGAGCUGGGUGAGUCAGAAAGUUGCAAAGGUGGCCCCAGGGAGGGAGGGAUUAAAUGGGGGUGACCUCCUUGGAGCUGGACCCUGUCUUCCCCACAGAGGGUCUGGGUGGCACAUGCUCAGGCACCUGCUUGGGCCUUCUGAGUGGAGCUCCUGACUGUAGGUGAAUGCCCAUGGUCACACCCCUGAGUCCUGCCUUCGGUGUUGGAAAUGCCCCCUGGGGAGGAGGAAGCUGCCUAGACUCCCACUUGGGGGACUCAACAGGUUUUUUGAGCUCCAGUACAUUCCAGACACAAGUCUGGCACUGAGCGUGCCCCCAUUCUAGCCUAGAGAGGCAGACCAGGAAUAGAUGUGGCCUGUCCAUUAGUGUGUCGGAAGAUUCUUGGGGAGAUUGAGGGAGGGGCUGCUGACACAGGAAUGCCCAUCAGAAUGGCCUAUGCAGAGGCUGGAGGCAGGGCCAUACCUGAGGUGAACAGGGUUAGCCUAGAGGUUGGAGGGCCUGGGAUCUUGCAGAACUCAAGUGGGGUAGCCUGACCUGGGACUCAUCUGUCAAUCUUGGUGUCCUCCCAGGCAGGCACAAGGCCCCAGCCUGCUUUCCAGACCUGCAGCUGGUGUCUGGGGUGCACUGACAUAGGCUAGGCAGAGAGGCCACUGGCUUUCCUUCUACAGCCAGAAACUGCUGCUCAUGGAGCUGUCGAGAAAUUCUAAGUUCUCUGCCACUACACCAGGAUUUGACAAGAAGCCCUUCCCACACUGGGACUGGGAGGCUACCAGGCUAGCAGGCUGAGGGGAGCAAGCACAUGUCUGGAGGUAUCCCCUAGACUUCGUUAGCUCAGGUUCUGGUCCUGUGCUGGGUGGGGCCUAGACUCCUUAGAGUAGUACCAUGUUAAUAGGAAUACCAUGUGUGCCACACCAAAAAGUAAAAAGAAUUGGGACUGAUUUCCAUUAUAUAUUGUAUGUAACUCCAUGUAUUUCCAAAAUAGUGUUAUUUUUAACCUGUAAUCAAUAUAAAGUUACCAGUGAGAUAAUUUCUUUUUUUGUUUGAGUCCUGUGUUUACAACACUGCUCAGUUAAGCCACAUUUCACGUGGUCAGUGACCACAUGUGGCGAAGCGCAGGCAGCUGUGGGGUGUCCAAAGCAUCAUGCCCUUUGAGCACAGCCAUGGCCAUGCCUGGGUACCUGCGAUGGGUUUCUUACUUUCUAGUUUAUCCACUCAUGAUCAACCCCUUGUGCCUCAGCCUGGACCUGAGAUACCCUCUCACUCAGCAUGAACAAAGCAUAGCACGCCAGCUCCCAAAUCUCUUUCCCCUCCAUCUCAGUGGAUGAACCUAGUGUCUACCCAGAUAGGCCAGAAAUUGGACAUCUCUUGCACUCCUCACCGCCCUCAUCCUCCCACCCAGCUUAUACAGGCAAGUCCUGGGCAUCCACCUCUUAAACCUCCUCUGAACUGAGUUUUACUGGAAAACAAUGAAUACAAACAUCAGGAUGUGUGGGAUGCAGCUAAAGCAGUGCUUAGAAUGACUUCUCUAGCUUUAAAUGGUUAUAUUAGAACAGCAAAGAGGUUUAAAGUCAAUGCCCCAAGGUUUUACUUUAGAAGCUGAAGAAAUAAGUAACACUACAGAAGGAAGGAAAUAGUAAAGUUGAGCAGAAACUAAUGAAAUGGGAAACAAGCAAGGGAGAAAAUCAACAAAGCCAACGCCAUCUCUUUGAAAACAUCAACAAAAUCAAGAAAUCUUUAGCUAUGUUGAUGAAA